CUGAUUUGUUCAUACAGAAGGAAGUGAGUGCGUAAUAUAGAGCAUUUGCUUGUGCAGCGUUUUAUUGCAUGGUGCCAUAUGCUCUUGCGCUAAAAAUUUUUCAAAAUAAAAAUCCGCAGAAUCUGUUGUUCGAACCGAACUGAAGAAUCCAGUGAAGCGCAGUGUCUUUAUAUGCAUUUAAAACGUCCCUGAAUAUUAUUGUUAAAUAAUGGAGAGAGGGAAAUUGAAUUUAGAGAGUGCGCCUGAGGUGAAUAGUACCACGAAUGGUUCAGUUGCCACGUAUAAGGCAUUGCCUGAGGACAGUUUAACACUUGACGGUAAUAGUAAAGUUAAACUUGAGUUAACUAGCCUCAGUGAAACUCCAAAAGCGAAAAUGGGGAAAAAUGAUGCUGAGCUUGAGGUUGGGGAUGGAGCUGACGAAAAAAUGCUCAAUGAACAAUCCAACGAUGAGCCGACUAAAAAUACAUCCGAGGUGAUAUUUAUAUCUGAGAACGGGGAUGCAAAGGUCGAUAUGAAGCAGGUUAAAAAAACUGUUGCUGGAUUGAGCAAAGAAGAAUUGAUGAUGUAUGCUGAUGACCCAUUUUGGGUUAAGUUAAGAUGGAUACUGUUUGGUGCGUUUUGGAUGCUGUGGGUAGCGAUGCUGGUCGGUGCAAUAGCUAUCAUUGUAUUAGCGCCUAAAUGUCAAGCACCAACGCCCAAAAAAUGGUGGGAAAAGAGUCCGAUUGUUCAAUUAGAGCCAGCGGAUAUCAAUGGAAAAUCUCUGGAUGCCAUUCAAAAUAUUUUAGAUCAAUUGAAAGCCGAGCAUGUUCAAAUUGUUUCGCUGUCAUCGUUUCUAAAGGGCGGGCCUGGUGCUACGGAAAGUUUUAUUGACGUUGACCCACAAGUCGGCAAUGUGAACAAUGUCAAAGAAAUAAUUGACUCAGCUAAAACUCGCGACAUAAAUGUUGUGCUGGAGUUGGACCCCAAUCAGUCAUCAAUGAAGCACUUGUGGUUUGAAAAAUCUGUAAAGCGCGAAGAGCCAUACACUGACUACUAUGUUUGGGCUGAUGGUCUGCUGGGAGCUGAUGGCGUUCGUAAGGAACCCAGCAAUUGGCGGAGUGUCUACAGCAAACGAGCCUGGACAUGGCACGAUCAACGUCAGCAAUAUUAUUUGCAUCAGUUCAAUGAAUCAACGCCGGACCUAAACUUCAACAACACUAAAGUCAUCAACGAGUUCAAUGAAAUAUUCAAAUUCUGGUUGGACCUCGGUAUCAAGGGAUUCCGUCUAGGUAACACACGAUACUUGACUGAAGACCCUGAACGUCAUGAUGAACAAGGCGGCUCUCGAGUUGUUGUUGAUCCAGAGGAUUACGAAUAUUAUUCCCAUGCUCACACCAAAGACCGCCAGGACAAUAUUAAAAUUAUUAAGCAGUGGCGCGAUAAUAUUAAUAGUAAUGAGACCAACAAAGAUACACUAUUCGCAAUGUCUGAUGAUAUCAAAUAUGAUAUACUGACUAUUAUCAAUGAGCAUCAAAGACUCAUUGAUUUACCACAAAAUUCACAGUUUUUAAUUGACGCCAAUGCAAACAUUGAUGCUAAGACUCUAAAAACUGACAUGUCAUCUUGGAUAUCUAGCGUUAAUGUUUCAUGGCCAGGAUGGGAUGUCAAUGGCAAAACGCCUUUAAGAAAACGUAUGGAGCCAAAUGUGGCGGACAGCUUGAUAACAAUGACACUGCUCUUACCAGGAACUCCAGUACUGAAAUUAAAUGAUGUACUGCCAGCAAGAGAAUAUUUUGGUGCCAUCGUAGAAAAACGAUACGAAGACACAUUUUUAUAUGGCAAUUUUACAAGCCAUAUUAUCAAUGGAACAGUUUUCGCAUACACCAGGAUAAAGCCUGGAUCGCCAGGAUAUUUAGUGGUCUACCAAAGCUCUGAUCAAAAUACGGAAAUAGAUGUUUCGGAAAUUGAAUCAGUACCUUCAGAGCUCAAUGUGGUUGGUUACAGUGAAAAUUACGCUGAAAAUAAAACAACUGUCGCUCCAACGUAUUUCUCAAAUAAAAUUCCAAUGGCUACGAAGAGUACUUUGGUACUGAUGUUUGUACCAGUGAAGAAGGAUUAAUUUGAAAUUAAUAAAUAAUACUGCGACAUUAAGAAUGCAUUUACUCAAUUGUGUGAGGCUUAA